CUCCUGCUCUCCUGCAGACGCUGUUCUUCAGGGGUCCUUCCCAACGAGAGGAUCCGCAACAUCGGCAUCUCGGCUCACAUCGAUUCGGGGAAGACGACGUUAACUGAGCGAAUCCUCUUCUACACGGGCAGGAUAGCACAGAUGCACGAGGUGAAAGGUAAGGAUGGAGUUGGAGCUGUCAUGGAUUCAAUGGAGCUAGAACGACAGCGCGGCAUCACAAUUCAAUCUGCUGCAACAUACACCAUGUGGAAAGACACCAACAUCAACAUCAUAGACACGCCAGGGCAUGUGGACUUCACAAUCGAAGUGGAGAGAUCUUUGAGAGUUCUCGAUGGAGCUAUUCUGGUUCUCUGUGCUGUUGGAGGUGUUCAGUGCCAGACAAUAACUGUCAACAGGCAAAUGAAUCGGUACAGCGUGCCAUUUUUAACGUUCAUCAAUAAACUGGACAGACUGGGCUCUAGUCCAGCCAGAGCAGUACAACAGUUGAGAUCCAAGUUAAAACACAAUGCAGCUUUUGUUCAGAUUCCAAUUGGGCUGGAGGGAAACUUUGAAGGAGUUAUAGAUCUUAUUGAAGAAAGAGCUAUAUAUUUUGAUGGUGCAUUUGGCCAGACUCUUCGCUAUGAUGAAAUUCCAGCUGAGUUUAGAGCUGAGGCUGCAGAGAGACGUCGGGAGUUGAUCGAAUGUGUUGCAAACUCGGAUGAUCAACUUGGGGAGCUGUUUCUGGAAGAAAAGAUUCCUACAGCUGCUGAGUUAAAGCUUGCAAUCAGAAGAGCAACUCUAAAGAGGUCCUUUACCCCAGUACUUGUGGGAAGUGCUUUAAAGAACAAGGGAGUACAGCCGCUGCUGGAUGCUGUCCUGGAAUACCUCCCCAAUCCUUCAGAGGUUGAGAACUAUGCUAUUCUUAACCAGGGGGAUUCUGAGGACAAAAACAAGUUCCUAUUGAACUCUGCUCGAGACGAUUCCCAGCCUUUUAUAGGCCUGGCUUUUAAACUGGAGGCUGGCCGUUUUGGGCAGUUAACCUAUAUUCGAGUUUAUCAAGGGAUGCUGAAGAAAUCUGAUUACAUCUAUAACACCAGGACGGGGAAGAGAGUGCGUGUACAAAGACUUGUCCGUAUGCAUUCGGACAACAUGGAGGAUGUCAGUGAAGUUUAUGCAGGAGACAUAUGUGCGCUGUUUGGAAUUGAUUGUGCUAGCGGGGACACGUUCACUGAUAAAACCAGCACUGACAUUUCCAUGGAAUCAAUUCACAUCCCUGAUCCUGUCAUUUCAGUAGCUAUGAAGCCUUCCAACAAGAAUGACUUUGAUAAAUUUUCCAAAGGCCUGAGCCGCUUUACGAGGGAAGAUCCCACUUUUAGAAUCCAUUUUGAUGACGAGAGCAAAGAGACCAUUGUUUCUGGAAUGGGGGAACUCCACUUGGAAAUCUACGCCCAGCGAAUGGAAAGAGAGUACAGCUGCCCUUGCACCAUGGGAAAGCCAAAAGUCGCCUUUCGGGAGAGCAUCUCCGCACCCGUGCCGUGA